AUGGUUACAUUAAAUAUUUCUUAUUUAACUCAACAUGAACAUUUUGAUGGAAAAUAUCUAGUUAAGUCAUUAGUUGAAUCCACACACGAAAAAUUUGUACAAUGUUGUAAUAAAAAAAAUAUUCAGUUAGAUAGAACAAAAUUGACGAAAAUAUAUGCUCGAUAUUUUCGAGCAUUGAAAACGUUCCAUUCAUUAUCUUAUGGACGUAGUGGCAAUGCUAUUAGCUAUUGGAUAUCUGUUAAAAGUAAUAAAUGUCCACAAAAUCACGAAAUUUGUUUUGGUGAAGUUAUUUAUUAUUUGCAAAUUGAUAAUGAUUAUUAUGCAUUUAUCAAACAUUAUAAUUGCAUUGAUAAAUAUUUAUCAGAUGGUUUAUCAUCAACAGCUAUUCCACAGAAUCUAAAUGAUCGAUUAAAUGCUUAUUAUCAUUUUUUUCAUGAUAAAAAAUAUUCAUACAAAAUUGUACCAAGUGCUUGGAUAAUGAACAAAGUUAUUCGUAUGCCAUGGAUGGAACCGGAUGUAUCAAUUUUUACUGAGAUUCAUUUAGAUUGGGAACAUAAUUAA